UCCUAAGAGCACCCCAUCCGCUGUCGGCUGACUCACUGCCAAAGGAAUCUGGUGUUUCUUCCCCUGGUUAAAACAGUUUUGGACGCCUCCCUCUGUGAUGGCGUCACAUUACCUCCUGAGAUAUAUAUAACAGAGGCAUAGAACAGUGGGGGAAGAAAGGAGGGUGUCUCCGGCAUUUUGGUUAGCUUUACGCUAACCGGCUGCACUCAUUUUAGGGGCUAGUCUGGUUCUCCGGAAGAAGAUAAUGAGAGGCUUCUCGUAUUUAAACCGGGCUGCGAACGCUCUUUGUAGCCCGCGGGUUGAUAGAAAGGUUCGGCUGGGACGGUGCGGGCUGUGCGGUACUGCCUCUGAUAGUAAGUUGCAGCCUGGCUUUGGUCUCCUGUUUGACAUUGAUGGAGUGCUGGUCCGAGGAAAGACGCCCAUCCCAGCAGCGAAAAAAGCCUUCCAAAAAUUAGUUAAUCCUCAAGGGCAGUUCCUUGUGCCUGUGGUGUUUGUCACAAAUGCAGGGAACUGCCUACGCCAGACCAAAGCAGAUCAGCUGUCUCAUAUUCUAGGAGUGCCUAUUUCCCAGGACCAGGUGAUGAUGUCACAUAGCCCUUUACGAAUGUUCAGAAAGUAUCAAGACAAGUGUGUGCUAGUGUCUGGACAAGGACCAGUGCUCGAUAUUGCCAAAAACUUAGGUUUUUCCAAGGUUGUUACUAUUGACAUGCUGCGAGAAUCAUUCCCCUUGUUAGACAUGGUCGACCACAAUAGAAGACCGAAAAUACUGCCUUCCUCUGAUGUAAAUCUGCCUAAAAUAGAUGCUGUAAUUCUGUUUGGUGAGCCAAUCCGGUGGGAGACAAACCUACAGUUGAUUGUCGACGUUUUACUGACCAAUGGGAACCUAGGAGGUGCCCACAACAACCAGAGCUACCCGCAUAUACCUGUGCUGGCCUGUAACAUGGACCUCAUGUGGAUGGCUGAAGCACAGUCACCAAGGUUUGGCCAUGGGACGUUUCUAGUUUGUCUGGAGAACAUCUAUAAGAAGAUAACAGGCAAAGACCUGAAGUACGAGGCCCUGAUGGGCAAGCCUAGCGAGCUCACAUACCACUAUGCAGAGUAUCUGAUAAGAUCUCAGGCUGCGGAGAGGGAAUGGAGGAACCCGAUUGGAAACCUGUAUGCCAUAGGGGAUAACCUCAUGACAGAUAUCUAUGGUGCUAACCUGUACAAUCGCUACCUGGAAGAGAAAUCCUCUAGAAAAAGUUCCAAAGCACUGGCCAAGGUGGUGGCGGGGACAGGGAGCAAAGCCAGUGCUGUUUCCCAGGAGGAAGAGUCGGACAAUGCCUGGGAGAGCGAACUGGCCCCCCCCUCUGCCACCAGCUGCAGGUCUGUUCUGGUGUGCACCGGAGUCUACGAUCCCCACACGCAGGUACCGUCCGACCCCAGCGAGUGCAUUACAGAGACUGUGUUCCACGGCCACAGAGACUUCCGCUUCGACCCGGCCCUCGUAGAGCCAGGCCAUCUAGUGCAGGAUGUAGACGCUGCUGUGCAACUCAUCUUUGAACAGGAAAACUUUGUGCCUCUUUAAAGACCAGAGUUAUUUUUGUUUUUUGUUUUGUUCUACCAUCCUGAUUUUAGAAGUUUUUAGCUCUCCAGAUGCCAAAAAAACCCGAAAAAAGAAUAGAGUAUAAAUGAUGUACAGGUGAGUGCAUGCAGUCCUAUUUAAACACUCCAAUUUGUCUUCUGGUUUUGUGGACAUUUAAUGGUGCGUAGAUUUCUUUGUGAAUAUAUUGGGUACCUACUUGCCAGAAAUGUUCUGACCACCCUCCCUCGUAAGAGUUUUCAACACUGUUCUGUGGUGUGGUGUGUGUGUGGUGGUUUUUUUUUUUUUUUUUUUUUUAAAAGCUUUUUUUAAAAUCGCUAACUAUUCAGAAUAGUUUCAAACUGUGCUUUUGUCCUGACAGGAAACAGAUGAGUAGAUACAUCUAUUGUAAACCAUACUCUUCAGCAUAUUAAUAAUGCUCCUUUCCCAUUCAUAAACAGCAGUUCUGUUUAAAAAAAUGAACCAUGUAUGUACAAAGUAACGUAAAGGUUUUAAUGAUCUGCCCAUUGGUAAUGGUUGACCUAAUUUUUGGACCUGAGAUAUAUAUUUAACUAAUUUGGAAUAAAAAAACAUUUUGGAUUUUCAAGGCAGUUUUUAAAAGAUAGAAAGCUUUGUAAGCAUGUUUUUUAUAUACAUAUAAAAAAGUCUGGUCCUUUUUAAAGGGUUAGUUUUAUAUUUGUUUUGAAGAUUAAGAAUCUUAAAUACAGUAUUGGGGAUUAUGAUUUUUUGGUUUUAAAUUCACAGAUGAACACCAAAACAAACCAGAAAAAAGUUGGUCAAGUCAUUCUUGGAACAUAUAUUAAAAAUAUAUAUGUAAAAAGAGCAUAAAACAAACUCUUGAAUUUAAUAUUUUGGGUAAAUGUAUUCACACUUGAAAUCAUGUUAGUGGUAAUCAUAUACUGGUAACUGUUUAAGAACAGUUUUGGCAAUGGUAUACACCCUGCAAUAUGUAUAGUUUUUUGCAAAAAAACAAAAAAAAUAACCUGUAAACUGCACAUGUAGCGUUUUAUUUAUUUAGUCUGUUACAUUUGUAUAUGGAGGAGUGUUUGAUUGUGGAAACUUAAUAUGAAAUUUGGUUUUAAAAUAAUAAACAUUAACAUUGCUAUUUUAUAUUGGUUUUUUUUUUUUAAAACCUUAAAUAGAUGUACUGUUUGGACUCUUGCAUGCAGAUUGCUACAGGGAUGCAGUGUUUGAGUCCCAGGAAUUGUUGCAUAAAUGGGUUAUUUUAAUUAUACAGCAAUUUUCUAAUUCAAUUGUCUGAAACUGCCAGUAAUGAAAUCCUUUACUGGACAGUAAAACUGUAAACCUUUGCCAUGGCAGGAUAUGAAGGGGUUAAAAUGUUGCUCCAGAUAACCUGCUGCCUUCAGCCAGAAUAGACAGAUUAUGGAACUGCCAAAGGCAUAACAAGGCAACUGUUCUGCACAGAUGUGUUCUGUUAUUAUAAAAACAUUAAAAAAAUAAAAAGUUUUCUGCCAUUCACAGGUGGCAGUCGAUGGUUUACAUUAAAUAUGACCUGUUUUUUUUUAAUAAAAAGUAAUUGAAUAUAAUGAAUAAACCGCAACAUAAAAUGAAGACUCGGGCUUGUUGCCGAAAUGUUUUUACUAAAUCCCAUGUAGGUCAUGGUGCUCGUUUUCCCAGUCCUGACAUCUGAUUGGCUGAGCUAUGUAUAGCAGGAGACUGUCUUGGGAAUUGCAGUAUAUAUUUACAUACACAGUAUUAAACGUUUUGAUCAAUUUGCUAUUAGCGUUGUGACGGGCCAGGUGAGUGCAUUGAGAAAUCCAAACAUUGACAGGACCUCCUCCCCACCCCAUUUUAAUAUAGGCAGGGACUGAGGGGGUUCUAGCAAAGCUUGUUCAUUCCAGCUGCCUCUUGCGUUUUAUGUAACCAUGUCUCUGUUUGGUGCCACAUGUGACCUGAGGAUAAUGAGCUCAGUUCCUCUGUCACGUUAGUUGGUGCAGCUUCUAAAAGGAGUUUUACUGUUUUGAAUAAUACUUCUGUAUGACAAUCGGGGCAUGGAAAGAUAAUUUAAAAGGUUUACAGCUGUUGGACGUGAUCACAAAGCUUUAUUAACAUUUGUUCUGCAAGUAGAAGGUGUCUUCAUUUAAAUACUUUAAAUUGACUAAGACAUUGCUAGGGUCAUUAAACCGUUUUGUGCAUUAAUUCAUGCAGGCUCUGCUCACACAUGCUGCCUUACCUCAAUCAGACUUGAAAAGAGCCCCCUCUGCUGGAGACAAACAGCAAAAGCAAAAAACCAAAGCAUUUUUUUUUUCUUCAGAAAAUCCAAUUUAUUUCAGUAAAACCACGCAAAGCCCUAACAUUUUACAAUUUCAAUUAAUUUUUGUCUAUUAAAAGUAUAUAAGGAAAACUGACUCACUCAUUUU